UUCGUUGGCUCAUCGAGAUGAGCCUUUGGUUUUCACUCUGGCUUUCAGUUCGGCGCGAACUGUUCGAGCGAGUGCACGUGUCGCUCUUCCGGGUACGACGCAAAUAACACGUGUGAUCGUUCCAAUUUUUUAAACUUUAUCGCCGAGAACCAAUAGUUUUUUUAAUCCAAUAUUUAACAGAACUAUUAAUUCUGAAGAAUGCAACAUUUCCAUUUUAAUUAAUAACUCUCAAAAUCUUGAAUUUUCUCAAAUUAAAAAAAUUGUUUUUGUGGGUCAAUCGCGCAAAUUUCAUUUCACAUUUGAUAAAUUUUUUAUAAAUAUAUUGUCAUCGUUUUUGUUUCAUAUCGCCGAUGAUGUUUAUAAUUAAUUCAAGAUAAGACGGGGUAAUAUGGAUUUUUAAUAUUUUUGGGAAAAUUUUGAGAGAGGAGUUGCUUUUUUUUGGAGACGUAGGAAUUUUAUUUGGUGACAGUGAUGUCAUGCUGUAUUUGACGGAAGCUAAAAGGUGUUACUGUUGCAAACAAUUAAUUGCUAGGCGGGGGAUCAGAGGACUGACCCCAUGGGGUCAGUUGGCCAGUGGAGAUAUUGCGGGUGAUGAUGUUCAGUGCCAGGAUAGAAACGAGUCACUGUUUAAUUGAAAAAAAAAACACUGGUCUAUUCAUAAAAUUACAACAAUCCCUUUUUCAUCAUGAGGAAACUCGGCAUUUCCUCUUUUAUAUAUUCCUCGAUCGAUCAAUUGUUCACUAAAAGAAUAAUUUAAAAAGUUAUUACAAUAUUUUAAUGGAUAUUGUAAUAUUGUUAUUUGGAUUUAUGGUAUAAAUAAUUGGAGUGCGCUAAUUAGAGAGUGGAGUAUAUAAAUUCGGAUUGAACGUGUUUUUUGUGGUUUUUUUUUGCUGGUUUGUUGCUCGGGACUGUUAAAUAAAUGGUGAAGAUGUUGAAAAUAUGUCGGGAGAGUGGAUUUCACGUGCAACGGGAAUGUGUAAAUGAAGACACUGAGGGCAUUAAAAAAAUGAGAUCGCGAGGUGCAUUAACUCACGGACAAUUAGAUUUAAAAUGUGAAAUUAUUUAAACCUGUUCAGGGUAUUAUCAGACGUCUCGAGGAUGCCCUAGAACUCAUGACACUCAUCGUACGGGUCACGUGUUGUUUAAACAAAUUAGAGGCGAGUGAUCGAAUCGUUUGUUUAUCGGAAAUUCGGAAAUAAUUAGCGAAUAAAUUUUUAUUACAAAUUUUAUCAAUUGAGAGGUGGUAGAAAUUAUAAAUAAAUUAUAAGUAAAAUUACGAAUGGGCUGGUAAAAUUAAAUAGAAAUGGUGAAGUGAAUUGGAUAUAGAGAAAAAUCAGAUGUGAUUUUGGAUAGAUUAAUGUGAGGGGUUGGGUGAACCAUGGGGUUGUGUGAGAACGUGGCUUUUUUGAGGCUGCUACCCACAUCCGGUUACCAGAUCGUGUGGACAUGGGACGCCGGAAAUGGAACAAUGAUCAGGAUGACGACGAGCGCAUCAUCGACAUCGGAUUGCUUCGUCGAGCUCGUUAAUCUCGUCGUCGUGAUCAUCUCCCUUAUCGCGACAUUAUGUCUCAUCGUCAAGUAUCGAUUGACGGAUCAGCGAAGAUGUACAAGCAAUCUACUACCCCUCCACACCAUCCGGAGUAUCCUGUGCCUUCUCCUCCUCAUCUUCUUGACUCUGGAAUUAUCCGAGGGCUUAAUUACACACUCAUGGCUGCCCCAGUUAAUCAGUCUCAUAGCAAUAAUCAGCUGUUGGUUUUUACACCGAGAGACUGAGAUUAGAGAUGGACUGGGUCUAGCUGUGUCUGGUGGUGCAUUCACAACCAUCGCUGUCGCCAGAUUAUGGAGAUUAAUUCAUUUAAAUAGAUUGGAGCUCGACUUGGGACAUGUGAGGACAAUUAGCACAUUGGGAACAGCAACUGCUUGUGGAGUUUUGGCGGUUGUUGACUCGUACGCGCUUUACCGAGUCAUGGAGAGGAGCAAGAGAUACGAUAUUCGUGGAUCCGGAAAUACGCGUACGUCUUACAAGCACUUGCAGUCGGUUUUACUGAGUAAACUGACUUUUCACUGGGUCGUUGAGAUUCUUUUACGUGGGUACAGAGCAACACUUGAACUCAAUGAUCUCGGGGAUUUACCCGAGGAGGAAUCAACCGUUAUACAAUUUGAGAGGUUCCGAAGAAUUUAUGACGACCAAAAAAGUGUCUCGAUUGAUGGGCGUCCAUCACUCUGGACGUGUUACUGGCGUCGAGUCUGGCCGGCAUUUGUACUCGGGGGUGUCCUCAAGUUGUUUGGAGAUGCCACAACACUAGUUGGACCCCUGGUGAUCUCCAGGAUCGUGAAUUACGUGGCAAUACGGCAGAACUCAACUCAUAACAAUAAAGAUAUUUAUGGGAGGUACAUGACGUGGGAUGAGUUGAUGGAAAAUGGUUAUUUUCUUGGUAUUAUUAUUUUUGGGGCUGCUAUACUCCAGAGUACAUUGAGCCAAGCAUCAACCCAUUUCUUCAAUGUCGAGGGUAUCAGACUACGAACUGCCCUCCAGGCUUUGAUUUAUCAUAAAUCACUUCGGCUUUACUCCUGGACUAUUUUAGAAGAUGAAGAAUCACCGAAUGAUGAUAAAGAUCCUCAAAUCAAGAGUCAUACCGCAGACAUUGGUACUCUGACAAAUUUAAUGGCCGAGGAUGCUUACAACGUCAUGAGCUUUUUCUGGAUUGGACACUACACUUGGGCUAUUCCACUUAAAAUAAGCACUAUUAUUUUUUUACUCUACACGAAACUUGGAGUCAGUGCUAUUGUUGGUGCCAUUUGUUGUAUUUUAAUUGUUACACCUAUGCAAUUAGUAUUGGGUAAGCGAAUGUCGCGGAAUCUCAAAGUUGUUGCGGAGAGAAGUGACUCGAGAUUAAAAUUAUUGAACGAAAUACUCCAAGGAAUGAGACUAGUGAAGCUCCGCGCCUGGGAAUUAAUAUUCGAGCGUCGAAUUCAACAUACAAGAGACGAAGAAUUGUCAUUACUGGACAAGGAUUCUCUCUACUGGGGCCUGAUAACAUUCCUCACUCACGCAUCGUCGGUUCUUACGACUCUAUUCACGUUCGGCGUCUACUUCUGGGUGGAGGAGACUCAUUUGGAUGCUGGCAAUGUUUUUGCAAGUCUUGCACUGUUCUCACAACUCACUGUACCACUAUUCAUAUUUCCGGUUAUUGUGCCGAUUAUUCUCAACGCCGGUAUCUCAACCAAGAGGCUGGAGGACUUUUUAUCACUGCCAGAGACCGCCAACGUUCUCCCGGAAGUGGAAACUCGACGAACUAGCGACGAAGACGAUGAGCAGACCAACUCUGUAUCCAUCAAUGAGAGCUCUGGAGAGAGGAAUAUACAGAGUAUUUCCACAUUCGGAACUCUUGGAAAUAUCACGGAGGAUGAGGAGGAACACGCGGGUCUUCAUCUUCUCGGAAAAUAUGACACCAGCUCUUCUUGUGACACUGUCUUCGAGAAAGAGGCAGAACCGGUGAAGCCCGCGUUGUUAUACAUCAGUGGAGUAUUCGCUCUUGGAUCUGAAGAGAUGAAUCUAGUUGUUGAUGAGCUACUGGUGCCUCGAGGAAAAUUGACUCUCAUCGUCGGAAAAACCGGGAGUGGUAAGACAUCACUGAUAUCGGCGAUGCUAGGGGAGAAUCUGAAGUUGAGAGGGAAAAUUGAAUGGGCCAGGAACGUCAGGGUUGCUUAUGUUCCUCAGCGACCUUGGCUUCUCAAUGCAACUGUCAGAGAGAAUAUUAUUUUCGGCUCUACUUACAACAAGAACAGGUACAAGAAUGUCCUUCGCGCUUGCGCACUGCAACCGGAUGUUGACAUCUUGCCUGGUAAAGACAUGACGCGAAUCGGUGAGAAGGGAAUUAAUUUGAGUGGAGGGCAGAAGCAGAGGAUUGCGAUUGCGAGGGCCAUUUAUUCUGACGCUGACACUGUCAUCUUUGAUGACCCAUUGUCAGCCCUGGAUCAGCAGGUAAGUCUGCAGAUAUUCGAACAGGGCAUCCAGAAGCUCCUCCUCCGGAAGUCCCGGACAGUUAUCAUGGUAACCCACCGCCUAGACUUGAUUCCCCUGGCGGACAACAUCGUUGCCCUCGAUAAUUGUCGUCUCCGUUGCGUCGGCCCAUUGUCAUUAAUCGAGGCAGCAGAUCCUCAACUCAUCCAAGAGUGGAAGGAGUCAGCGAAGAGACGUGGAGAUGUCCUGUACAGAACCGCUAAGGAUCGCUGGUCUCUUGUUCGUCUUGUCUCGAGGAUAGGCUUCUCAGCGAAGCACAAACACACGAGCGAUGGCACCUGGAUGACAGAGCAAGACGCCCACGUGUCACCACCAAUUUUUGUUCCACUCAGGCACAGGAAGUCGAUGCUGUCUGAGUCGAGAUACCUUGCCCAUGAUCUAACGGAUCUUCCAGUGCCCGCUGAGGAGUGGGGAAGCAUGAGAAAGCGGUCUAAGAGACACAGGAAUGCUACCAGGGCGAUUAGUCUGCAACCGCCGAAGCAUCCACCCCCUGUCCUCAGGCAGAGCAGUACUCCAACGAUUUUGGAGGGCCACUACAUCGUACCCAGGAAGAGACAUAAUACGACUGGAGAUGAACAAGGCACCAGUAUGUUAAGACAACUCUUCUCCGGGAGAAUAAUUCACCUGUCGGACGAGGGUAAUCUCAACAGGGAGAAAAAAGUGUUGAAGAGACUGAUGUCGUCGUCGUCAAUCAAGAAUCCGGAGAACGAGGGGAGGACGACCAGGAGAAUCAUCUCCACGGAGUCCAGGAGUGAUGAGAUUGAGACGAAUGAGACGAUUGAUGAGGGUGAGGAGGGUCAGGAUUACGGGGACAAUGGUGGAUUGGUGGACAAAGGGGUGUGGUUGGCGUAUCUCAAGGCUGGAGGGUUGGGACCUUGUUUUAUGUACCUGGGAGCUGCUUUGGGGUGUCAAGGGCUUAGGGUUUACACUGACCUGUGGCUCAGCGAGUGGACGAAUCUGGGAACUGGAGUGAUUGAAGGGACGAGUAUCCACGAACAGACAGUCUUCUAUUUCCGGAUGUACAUUAUUCUCUCGAUUGGUUCGAUCAUACUUUCUGCAUUAAAUAGUGCAGCUGGCCAGUGGGCAAGCGCCACUGCUCGUAAAACUCUCCACCAGGAGGCGAUAACUUCCCUCCUGAGGGCGCCGAUGAAUUUCUUCGAGCGAACACCCAUUGGAAAAAUCCUGAACAGGUUCAGCGCCGAUAUGGGUGUAAUCGAUAAGAAAUUAUCGACAGCUUUUCAGAGAUUGACUUCGUUUAUUCUACUCUGUGGAUCAGCCAUGAUCGUUAAUGCCGUUAUCUCACCCUGGUUUCUCGUUGCGGCCGUGCCAACUUCAGUGGCUUAUUUUUUUCUUCAGAAAUUUUACAGAAAUAGCGCGAGGGAGCUGCAGAGACUGGAGGGAAGCACCAGAGGACCUGUUGCCGCACAUUUUUCUGAGACACUCGCAGGUUUGCCAGUUGUAAGGGCUUCCAAACAACAGGACAGGUUCAUGGAUGAAAUGAUCGAGUACCUCGACGCCAAUACGAAUGCAUUUCUCAUUUUGAAUACGAGUACUCGAUGGCUGGGUAUCGCUCUGGAUUAUCUAGGAGCGGUUGUUGUGGUGGCCUCGAUUUUUGCAGCCCUUCUCUCCGCGGAAUUAUAUCCAGACAGGGUGACACCUGCGCUUGUUGGUCUUGCCAUAAAUUAUACGUUUCUUGUACCGAUUUAUCUAAACUGGGUAGUUAAAUUUGUCUCCGAGAUCGAGAUGUACAUGGGAAGUGUCGCGAGAUUAACCGAGUACACCAAGAUCACACGGGAGAAUUACAGAGAGAACGGGUAUGAAGCCGAAGAAACGUGGCCGGAGAAGGGUGAGAUCAUCUUCGAGAAUGUUUCCCUUCGUUAUCAUCCGCAGGCUGAGCCGGUGGUCAAAGACCUGGAUCUCAGAAUUCCUCCAGGGCAGAAGUUGGGAAUCUGUGGAAGAACUGGCAGUGGAAAAUCGACAACAGUGAUGGCGUUGUUUCAACUCCUGGAAGUGUCUCAAGGUCGAAUCCUGGUGGAUGGUAUAGAUUUGCGACGAGUGUCGCUUCUGAGUUUGAGAUCUAGACUAUCAGCUAUACCUCAGGACGUUAUAAUGUUCAGUGGUACCAUCAGGGAGAAUUUGGAUCCACUUGGCGAGCACAAGGACGACGAGUUGUGGUCAGCACUCCAAGUGGCCCAGAUGAGGGACAUCAUUGCGUCACAUCCCGAGGGAUUGGACCUCGAAGUGAGGGAGGGUGGGGAGAAUUUCUCAGCUGGGCAAUUGCAGCUGUUGAGCAUGGCCCGAGCUACUCUUCGUCAAUCAGCUGUUGUUGUCCUCGAUGAGGCUACGAGUGCCCUGGAUGGAGCCACCGAAACAGCUUUGCUACGGGCCAUGACCAGUGCCUUCAGGAAGAGGACUGUCAUUACAAUUGCACACCGAGUGUCAUCACUCCUCUCUUGCGACAGAAUCGUAGUAUUCGAUGAGGGAAAAAUCGUAGAGGAAGGUACACCAAAGGAAUUAUCAUCGAAACCGCUGGGAUCAUUCGCAGCGAUGCUGAGGGCCUCGGAAAUGACCCAAUCAACCAACGACUGAUAUUUUUGUAUCUGAAUUAAUUAUCAAUAAUUUUCUAUUGUCAUUUGUAAAUAAGAUUGAA